AUGGACAAGGGAACUUCAUCUGAACUUUUUGUGAAUGAUGGCUCAUUCAUGGAAAGGUUUAUACAGCUUCAGCAAGAAAACCAGGAGAAGAGUUCAUCAAAAGAGGAGCCAAAAUCGAUGACGCCUAAUUUAUCUGCGUCAAUGAAGGCCAACACAGCCAACACUUUCUUGAAUAAGAGGCAAUUGGAUAUUAAGCCUAAUAAUGUGAAGAAGCCUAGCCUAUCUACUUCAGGUGGGAAGCUUGCCUUCAGCUUGAAACAGAAGUCAAAAAUUUCUGUAGCACCUGUUAAACUAGGUGUCGAUGAAGAUGAGCCUGAAGAAGAUGCUGAAAAUGUGGCCACUGAAGUAUCAGCCAAACGGCAGAAGUCAGGUCAACCUGAUUCCUCCAGUGGAUCAUCAGGACGUGUGGAUGUUUUCGGUAAUUUUCCACUUAUCUUCAUUUUUAUUUCCUUGUAGAGUGUAGGUAAUAUCUACAGAUAAUUUGUAUGGUUUGAGUGACUGCUCUACUUCAACCAGAGCCUGAUUGGUAAUGCUGAUUUUAAUGCUUGUGUUCAGUGCACGAACAUGUUAACCAAUGAGGAAUCCGCAUUUCUUAUGAUUGAGCUAUGUCAUGCGUUUCCAUCAACAUUUAUUUUAGUGACAUGUUUUCUCGAUUUGAUUAAAUCUGUUGUUGUGCCACUAUGCUAAAUUUAUUUUGAAGUGGAAGAAGGGUAUAUUCACCAUUUCAUUGAUUUACUGACCUUUCAUCAUUUAUUUAUUUAUUGAUUGCUCUUUAAAAUUUCAAAUGGGCUUCUGUUUUAGUCAUGAGUUCUCCCUAAAAAUUUACUAUAUAAAUGCAUUCAUUUAUAUAGUACAUUCAUUUACUAUAUAAAUGCACGGCCCGUGAAGUGCAUUCAUUUACUGAGCACGAGCCUUCGCUUCAUUCCUUCUCUGAUACUCUGUUCGAUCCCUGUUUUUCCCGCCAGUCUUUAGCCUUUGUUUUCCCUCGUAUUUAUCUUGCUUUAUAUCAUACUUAUGUAUAUGUAUGUUCAUUCGAACCCUUAUUCCUUAGGUGUCUUCAAUUCAGCUGUCUACAACGGUAAACAAUGCAAACUUGAUGAUUGUUCUCUUGAAUACUAAUGUCUAUCCACAUGUGAUAGUCGCCCAUGAGUGCUUAGAGUUAGUUUCAAUUCCAGCGUUUAGCUGUUGGGUACUCCCUGUAGUGUAGAUAGAUCCUGGAUGCAUGGUCCACGUAAAUUCCUUUUGUUCUCUUGUAUAUGGUUAUAAUGGAGGCCUUAGAUUAGUAACUUUCAGAAAGAUGAUGUGGUUCUUUGCAUAGUUGCACAUAUAGGAAUAGAGCCUUCCCAGUUGUAAAGUAUUGAUUUGCUUUAAGUCAGUUCAUAGUUUUUAUUUGAUUUGAUAAUCUUUGAAAAUUUAUAUUGUUCAGACGCAAGUUAACUUUUGGCAUUCUCAUCUUCACGAUUCUGGAGUUGAUAAAACUAAUGAGUUGGAAAUUGUUGAAAAUUCUGUCCCAUGAAUGCAGCUGACGUCUUAAUUGUCUAUCAACAUUGGUGGAAAGAGAUGUUAGUUGAAAGAGUAGGAAAAUGUGGCUCGCACCUGUUGCAACGAGUACUUUGCAUUCAUUGUUAAUGGUGUUGGCAUUAAUCAGUUAUUUAAGUGACAUGCAGUACCAGCCCCUCCAAGUGAUCUUGCAGUGAGGAAUGUCGCUGACAAGUUGGCCGGUUUUGUUGCAAAAAAUGGGAGACAAUUUGAAAACAUUACACGCCAGAGAAAUCCAGGAGACACACCAUUUAAGUACGUUCUACUAUCAGAAAGAACGCUGUGCUUAUUAAUUUCUCAACUGCCUCUAUUAUGUCUUUCAGACCUGAACGAUUUUAUCUUCUUGCUCUGUUCCAUAGACAUUAUGAACCUUUCAAGGGUCACUUCGAAGCUUUCUCAAUGAGGAGACUAGUCAUGGAAAAGCUAAUAUUUCAUGUCCUUCUCUUGUUCUGUCAGCAUCUUAUCGUUCACUAGCUAUCCAUGUUUCUGUACUCUGGCAUGACCAUUUUCCCAUGCCCUCUUACCUUUCAUUCCCCAAUUCUUCUUCAAAUCUUCCUAUCUACGUUUAGCCUCCACGUGGUUCCUCUCAUGCCUCUUGGAUGGCAUUUGGACGUUUCAAUAUUCUGACCUUACUGUGUCUGACAAAAGGUUUUUUCUUCCCAUCUGCUAUGAUUUUAUCCGUGAAGAAAAUUGCUGAUUAAAAGUAAAUUGUAGGACUGUUGACGUAUGCCUGAAAUAGCAAAACCAAUAUUGCCAUAUAUGUUUUUCUUUAAUAUGGAGCGUUGUCAUGCGUCAUGUAUUCGCAUGCCCACUAUGUGCGUGGGACCAUCCACCCCAAGUUACAGCGUGUUUAUAUCUUUCAAUUGAUAGUUGUCUCAUUAUCUUCGCAAAAAAACACAAAGAAUAUACUUUUUUUAUAAUGAAUCAAUAUAUUUUCAAUGCGAGUUAGCAAUUCUUCCGUUUAUUCCCAGUUGAUUGGACGGGUUUAAUUUUUUCUGUAUUUGUUUUUCCUACUGUGAGACUCGCAAGAUUUUGCAUUUAUUUAUUGAGAGCUUCAGAAGGAGUUUUCCACAGAGAAAGUUCUUCACCGUGUGCAUUUAAUUUGCCAGGUUUCUAUUUGAUCUGAGCAGUGCCGACUAUAAAUACUAUGAAUAUCGUCUCCUUGAAGAAGAGAAGCUGCUCGCACAACAAAAGGAGUCUCAAGCAACCCGGCCUGGUUUGUGCUUUCUAUCUUCAAACUGCACGGGCCAUCCCUGUAGCCUAUUUGUCAUAUAUAUUGAGGAUCUAUUCAUUAACAUGCUGUUGGAUUAUCUCUCCUUCAUCAGGAACUUCACGCCCUGCAACCUCUAGAAUGCAGGGCGGAUCCGAAAGAAGUGGCUCUCAUCAGCAUUCCAAUUAUCAAACCCCAGCUUCCGCUUUAUAUGAUGGAAAUGAGGGCUCAUCUGGUAUGUUCCUCCCUCACCUUCUUGACUACCAACUCUUAACCUCAUAGAUAAAUCUUUAUUGGAUCAAUAUGGUGCCUGAGGUUGAGGACGAAGAGCAUUGCAUUGGCCUUCCCUAUAUAUCAUACAUUGAGCGUUCUGGGUUCUGAUUAUUAUUAUUUUUAUUUAAUGGAACGGGAAAUCUUUCUUUGACAGCUGAAACCAGUGGACCACCCCCAACCGAUCCUAUCGCAAUGAUGGAAUUCUACAUGAAGAAGGCGGCCCAAGAGGAGCGCAAGCGGCAACCUAAGCAAUCCAUGGACGAGAUGCCCCCCCCUGCAUCCCUCCAAGGUUCCUUCUCAAUCAGGAAUAUCCCCACAGAAUUAUGAAAGCACUCCCCAGUGGUUAUUGGGGGAUGGGGGGGAAGAGAGAGAAUGCCAAAAGUCAAUUUUUUUCACAUAUUUCCCAUUAAAUUUUUUUCUGAAUAUUUACUUCUUGCUUUGAUUUGACCCCAUUAGGGGGGCCGAUGAAGAAGGGGCACCACAUGGGCGACUUCAUCCCCCCGGAGGAGCUUGAGAAGUUCAUGUCGAACUGCAACGACGCGGUCGCACUGAAAUCAGCCAAAGAGGCUGCCGAGAAGGCCAAGAUCCAGGCGGACAACGUCGGUCACAAACUCUUAUCCAAGAUGGGCUGGAAGGAAGGUGGGUUCCCUGGUCUCCCAUAUUCCAUUUUCUCCGCAGACCUUGCUUGAUUAUCCAUGCGGCAACGACAGGGGAGGGUCUGGGCAGCUCGAGGAGCGGCCGGGCAGAGCCUGUGGCGGCAGGGAACAUCAAGCUGAACAACCUGGGCGUCGGGGCGGAGCAGCCUGGGGAGGUCACCGCCGAGGACGACAUCUACGAGCAGUACAAGAAGCGGAUGAUGCUCGGGUACCGCUACCGACCGAACCCCCUGGUGAGGAGGAUACGAUUUCAUUUCAUCUCAUUUCAUUUUAUUUCCAUAUCUUAUCAUGUAUAUGGAAACCAACUGGGCCCGGCCCGUCGAAUGCCCCUCCCACCUAAUAAUUCCCACUCGCUUGUUGGCAGAACAAUCCCCGGAAGGCGUAUUACUGA